AUGUCUCCCCAAAAAAACACCACAUCUUCGGCCAUCCGCCGCUCGAAGGCCAAAGUCGCCGCGAAGAAAGCGAAGAAGGAAGUCGUGACACACCUGCGACCACAAAGUCCAGGAAAUACAAAGAUAGGAAUCAAUCCGCUCCGCUUUGUAGAAUGGGGUGAUGCCCCGGACCUCUUUGAGCUCGCGUCAUUGGUGAUGGACGAGCGCAUUCCGCUGGAAUACUGGCUGAUAGUCGAACCGCCGGCCCCCGAGGAAAGGGGAAGGAAGAGAGAGAAGGAAGAGAUGAGCGGUAGUUCCUCUUCGUCGGUCUCCUCAACCGAUAAAAAGAAAGUACCGAGCACCCCUCCCACUCGCCGGGAGAAAAACACAGUUCCGUUCCCGGUGGGUAGGCGGCUUGAACGGAUUGAAGAGGAGGAAUAA